AUGUCACUGUUAGCGCACGACUCGCUCCCUCCAGCCCAACCUCCAACUUCACGCUCUCGCCUCCACGUUCUCAACGUCCGCAUCCAGACACGUGGAACAAAAAACUCAUACUCGCACGGUCUUCGUUCUCUGGCUACGACACUGUGGUUGUUUUUUGACGUUGACCCGCGUUCGCAGACAGCCGCAAAGGUAGCCAGCAGCGCCCAAUGCUGUCUUAGCCAACUACAAUCGCGUAUAGCCCCUGUAAGGAGCACUCCCGUUCCUCUCGUCAAAAUGCCGGUUCUCAGCUCACAACCCCUGGACCGCUCGGUUGAAAUCUCCCGGAAGCGGCUUAUCGUCUUGCCGGGGCCCUCUUUUGAUGUUCCUGGAGUACCUGAACAGGGUAAUUCGAGUCAGUUCAUGUAG